AUCGACAAAAUUAAUCGACAAUCCCAGCAUCACCACCGCGCCCCGUCUUAAGGAGCGUCCACAGUGUAGCCGAGGCCGGCGCCCGCGCACGAUCCAAAAAUACCACCCGGCCAUCCCGACCCGCGGCGUGCCCUGAGCUCAACCGUUUUAAAAACAAAACAAUUCCACCAACCAACUGUUUUUAUUCCAAAUUCGAACAUCACGCUCGUCUUUUGUUGAUUUAAAAACGACUAGUUCUUUUUUUGAACUUCAAAGUGUUGUGCCAGUGGUCUCAUGAGGGGCAUGUCUCCGACUGCCUUGGGGGCCGAUUUGCCUCAGUGGUGUGGCAAGGUUGCUGAAAACUGCCCCCAAGCCCUCCUCGGAUGGCUGUAUUUGACACACGACCAGAAUGAUCAGUGGCUCCCGGGUUCAGUAUGGGGCCCUCUACCCACUGCGGCGACGUCCACCCAAGCGCCUUCAGAUGACACUAGUUCUUUGGCAGAGCAGCUAGCAGCACUGUCGCUACGGCGUCCACCGCGCCCGCCACCGCCUGCUUAUAUGUGUCACCUUUGCUUUAAUAAGGGACAUUACAUCGGAGAUUGUCCUCAGGCCCGUCCAAAAGGCGAGGGGUUGACGCCGUAUCAGGGCAAGAAGCGGUGCUUCGGCGAGUACAAGUGUCCCAAGUGCAAGCGCAAGUGGAUGUCUGGGAACUCCUGGGCCAAUAAUGGACAGGAAUGCAUCAAGUGCCGCAUCAACGUGUUUCCUCAUAAGCAGAGACCACUUGAGAAGCCAGACGGUCUUGACGUGAGUGACCAGUCUAAGAUCCAUCCACAACAUCUCUGCCAGAAAUGCCGUUCGCUCGGAUACUACUGCCGCCGUGAAUAUUAAGAAACUUGUAAAUGCAUCUUACUAACACGUUGUGUGACAAAACAAGAAUUGUCUAAAUUUUUAUAUACCGUUCUGGUGGCUAGUAAAUCUACCCUGACAAGGGUCAGUCAGUUUAAAGGUGGGUUCCCACGGCCCGUGUUAUUACAGGUCAGGCACGCCUGUGGAUGCAUGUGCGGCUAUCCGUCGGGAGUGGGUGACGACAGGCGACCACAAGCCUCAUUGGAUGCGACCGUUCCCACAAUCUGAGGCGGGGUCAGAUCUGUGAAACAACGGACCGUGGGAACCCACCUUAAGAGAGACCACACUAGUUUCUUUUGAGCAUCAGCGUUUAAUCAGCGCUUGAAAAAUGUGACACUGCGCAGUUGCGGCAACGUUGCGACGAGGAGCAGGCAUAGAGUUGACUAGACGCCCACGCUCGGGAGACGUUACUGUGGGGUCUCAACAAAUGUAUGGAGGUCGGUUAGCGUCUAGCGUUGUACGUACUUACGUUCCAAAGCCCUUGGGUAGAGACGUACUGUCCUUAUGCUCUGUAUUGCCACCACUGCUGCACAUGUAUAAUUUAUCGCUAUUUUUUUUAUUUUUUUUGUCGCCGUUAUUAAUCCGGAAGUAUUUCUUAUCAGCAUACUUUUCCAGAAUUAUGAAAGUUUAUAAUUUUUUCAGGCUACAGACAACACUUGAUGUGGUGAACACAACACCUAAAAAAUUUGAUGCUCUCUAACUGAUGACUGUGUUGCUCCAAAGAUUUGCACAAAUGAUAAAAUAUAAAUGAAACGAUCGACCGUUAUUAGAUUUAAGAAUAUUUUAUAAUGGUUUUGAAACAUUUAAUUGGCAGUUACCCAAAGUCAAAGUGUGUUUCCUAACGUCUAAAUAAGACGAGGCGAGCACUCAACACAUCCAUGGCCAAGUCCGGCAACGCCCUGGCCGCGGCCUC